UUCAUACGUGAGACGCGGUAGUGCCGGCCGGUUUCUCCUGAUACCGCGGGGAUGGAACAGGUGGGUUUGGAGGUGGAGACCAUUAAGAUUUCAAAGGAUGCGAUGCCAGAAGACAAGGUUGAGAGCGACGCCACGACGGAUGAGGGCAAACAGUCUCCAGAGCAGGGGAAACUGGUGUUUGCGACCGGUGAGCGCGGUCUUCCGUCCUUGAAUCGUGGCUACCGAACCCCUGACCCAUCGCUGAGCCGUCUUCCGAAGUGUGGAGCACUAGAACUCAUGGUUGCUGCUGAGAACGGCCUCGCUGACGCCGAGUUCCCCCGGGGCUAUGACACGCCGCGUUGCGUUGAGACAAAGCCCUGGAACACAGCAAAAGAAGUGCGGACUCCGUCUCCUUGGCUGUCACGAAUCCGUACCCCAUCACCGCUUUUGCAAAGGGCCUACGAUUUGCCACCACCAUUGGCGUUUUCUCCGCUUCUUCCCGGCUCCAGGGUUCGAGCUAAGUCGCCAUGGUCCACAUCUUCCUCUGCAGGUGAAGUCGACCCGCCUUCCAGGGGCUCCAUUGGACAUCCCUACAGUUGUGGGGCGGCUUGCAAAUACAGUGGGAAACCCCGUGGAUGCAAGGAGGGCAGGAAUUGCGAUCAUUGCCACCUGUGCCCGUGGAAACGCACACGUGUGGACAAGGCCCCAACAGACGGUGGUGCAGGACGUUAUAAGACGCGAAGUCGAAAGAGGCACAGCAAUUAGCUGCCACAAGGCGUUUGCAAACGAUGGAGUGGGGCAUUAAAAGUACGUCGCUAGUCCAGAUCGAUUAGACAAGAGCCCUUGCUCUUGGUGCCGUCAGGCCCUGCAACGUGUCCAGGUGAUUCAUAUUCACCCGGGCCAGUCGGGGCACCUUUCCUGGGUACAAGCUGGGGCAAGUUUUGCUGAGAAC